AGAAGAAGAAGUCUGAACAGUCUACCUACUAUUUACACACCAAAUUAUUUAAUUAACCCAAAUUUGCGGAAAAUGGUGUUAUUCUUUACAAGUAAUGUAGUUUCUCCACCUGUAACGUUGUUUAUGGGAGCCGAUAAAUAUGAAAAUGAAGAUCUAAUUAAAUGGGGAUGGCCGGAAGACGUUUGGUUUCAUGUGGACAAAGUAUCUUCCGCACACGUUUAUCUUAGACUAGCCCCUGGUCAGACUAUAGAUGAUAUACCAAAUUCAGUGCUAGAUGAUGCAUGCCAACUAGUAAAAGCAAAUUCCAUUAUGGGAAACAAGAUGAAUGACAUUGAUAUUGUCUACACUAUGUGGGCCAAUCUAAAAAAGACACCAACUAUGGAAGUUGGUCAGGUUGCAUUUCAUAAAGAUAAAGAUGUAAGAAAGGUAAGAGUAGCUAAAAGAAAUAAUGAAAUUAUGAAUAGACUGAACAAAACAAAGAAAGAGGCAUUCCCAGAUCUAAGAACAGAAAGAGAAACAAGAGACAGGCUAGAAAGAGAAGACAAGAAAAAAAUUUUAAGAGAAAAGAAGGAGAAAGAAAAAGAGGAAGAGAAAAAGAAAAAGGAAGAAGCUGAACUGAGAAGUUAUGCCACUUUGAUGAAAAAAGAAAAUAUGACAACAAAUAAUGAUGGAAAUGAUUCAGAUGACUUUAUGUAGUUGAGUAUAAUAAAACAUGUAUAUUAA